GCUAAGAUGGCGGCGGCGUGAGUUGCAUGUUCCAGUGUGUCUACUGUCCCGGAGCCGCCGCUUCUGACGGAGUGAGGGACGGACCGGACCGGACGGACCGAAGCCGCCGCCGCCCGCUUGGGUCCAGCCAUGGCCGUCACCGUCACCUUGAAGACGCUGCAGCAACAAACGUUUAAGAUCCGCAUGGAGCCAGGGGAGACGGUGAAAGUGCUCAAGGAGAAGAUCGAGGCAGAGAAAGGUCGUGAUGCCUUCCCUGUUUCUGGACAGAAGCUUAUCUAUGCAGGAAAGAUUCUCAGUGAUGAUGUCCCCAUCAGAGACUAUAAGAUUGAUGAGAAAAACUUUGUGGUCGUCAUGGUGACUAAGGCCAAAGCAGGGCCUGCCACUUCGGUGCCUCCAGAGCCCUCUGCCCCUGCUGCUGCCAACACUCUGGAGCCCUCUACACCUGUCCCACCAGCUCCUACCAUUGUUGCCAUGCCCCUGCCUCCACCAGCCCCCAAUGAGGAGAAGAAGCCCACAGAGGAGUCAGCUGCUGGGACACUUCCAGAGGCUAGGCCUGGCUCUCUUCCCUCUUCAGGGAGCAGCGGACAGGAGGAUGAUGCAGCCUCUACACUAGUGACAGGCUCUGAAUAUGAGACGAUGCUGACAGAAAUCAUGUCCAUGGGCUAUGAGCGUGAGCGUGUGGUAGCUGCCCUGAGGGCCAGUUACAACAACCCACAUCGAGCAGUGGAGUACUUGCUAAUGGGGAUCCCAGGAAGUCCAGAGCCUGAGAGUGGCCCUGUACAGGAGAGCCAAGCCCCUGAGCAGCCUGCCCCAGAGGGAGGCGAGAACCCCUUGGAAUUCCUCCGUGACCAGCCUCAGUUCCAGAACAUGCGACAAGUGAUUCAGCAGAACCCAUCCUUGCUCCCAGCCCUGCUACAGCAGUUGGGCCAGGAGAAUCCUCAAUUACUGCAGCAAAUCAGUAGGCACCAGGAACAGUUCAUCCAGAUGUUGAAUGAGCCCACAGGGGAGCUGGCAGACAUGUCGGAUGUGGAAGGAGAGGUUGGGGCCAUUGGUGAGGAAUCCCCCCAGAUGAACUACAUCCAGGUCACUCCACAGGAAAAAGAAGCCAUAGAGAGGUUGAAGGCCCUGGGAUUUCCUGAGAGCCUGGUAAUCCAGGCCUACUUCGCUUGUGAGAAGAAUGAGAACCUGGCAGCAAAUUUUCUCCUGAGUCAGAACUUGGAUGACGAGUGAUACAGGGAGAGAGGGAAGGAAAUUGAGCUUACCCCCCCACCUUACCCCCACUGCCGGCAAAAAAGUUUUAUAGAA